CCUACAUUUCCCAUGUUGCACCGUGCCACCGGAAGUGCGUCAUCACGCUUGACCUUGCCACUCUUCUUCACCUGUUUUUUCCAGCAGACUCAGAGAGGACGAGCAUGGCGAAUAAAGAUCCCGGCGGUUUUCUGCAGCAGCUGCGUCAGAUCGCAGCCCGCAUGGCAGCAGGAAGUCGGGGUGCAGGACUCGGCGUCAAGCUGCUGAUGGGCGCUGGAGCUCUGGCUUACGGAGUCAAGGAGGCGACGUACACAGUUGAAGGAGGACAGAGAGCCGUCGUCUUCAACCGGAUCGGAGGGAUGCAGAUGGACACCGUCCUCUCGGAAGGUCUCCACUUCAGGAUUCCCUGGAUCCAGUAUCCCAUCAUCUACGACAUCAGAGCCAGACCCCGCAAGAUCUCCUCCCUCACUGGAAGCAAAGACCUCCAGAUGGUGAACAUCUCCCUGAGGGUUCUGUCCCGGCCGCUGGCCUCCAACCUGCCGGCCCUCUACCAGCAGCUGGGGAAGGACUACGACGAGCGCGUGCUGCCCUCCAUCGUCAACGAGGUGCUGAAGAGCGUAGUGGCCAAGUUCAACGCCUCCCAGCUCAUCACGCAGAGAGCACAGGUGUCGCUGCUGAUCCGCAGAGAGCUGUUUGAGCGAGCGAAGGACUUCAACAUCAUCCUGGACGACGUGGCCAUCACGGAGCUCAGCUUCAGCCGCGAGUACACGGCCGCCGUGGAGGCAAAGCAAGUCGCCCAGCAGGAGGCGCAGCGAGCUCAGUUUUACGUAGAAAAGGCCAAACAGGACCAACGGCACAAGAUCAUCCAGGCGGAGGGAGAAGCUGAGGCUGCAAAGAUGCUGGGUCAGGCCCUGACCAAGAACCCCGGCUACCUGAAGCUCAGGAAGAUCCGUGCGGCGCAGAACAUCGCCAAGACGGUGGCGCAGUCCCAGAACAAAGUGUACCUGAACGCAGACAGCCUGGUGCUCAACCUGCAGGACAAAGACAACUUCAAUUUGUUGCUCGGGAAGUAAGAGGACGUCUCUCCAUUCCUCCUCCUGAGACUCCUCCUCCUCCUCCUCUUCAUCAGGUUCCUCCUGAGAAUCACAGACUUUAACCUGCAAAGGAUUUAUUCUGAAGGUUCCUCGUGUCGGUAAAAGUCUCGAUGCUUUGUCCUCUUUUUGUUAUCUGUCAUCUGCAGGAAAAUGUUUUGUUUUUUUUGUGAAUAAAAGUUUCACUCGUUGAAAA